AGUCAUUUGCGCUCGUCAUUAUCUGACAGUCAAAACAGUCGCAUCGCUUCAGGACCGGAUCAGACUAACGGGAAAACGCAUCCGCCCGGGAUCACUGUGACAAACUAUUCGCUACAAUGGGAGCGUCUUCAUCCAGCCUUUUGGACGAGAGUAGAAUAAGCUACGUUAGAGGUCGAACAGAAGCUGAGCUGAUGAACUUCAGUCCUCAUUACAAAAGACAGAGUUACGUUGCAUACUUUUCUCAUCUAAAGGAUGAGGUGGAGCAGCAGAGAGCGGGUCAGGCUCAGUUGCUCAAACAGAAGGAGCCUCCACAGGCCUCAGAGGUCCUAUAUAAAGACAGCAUGCUUUACUUUGAUGACAACAGGAAGUGGAAGGAGAGAUUUGUUGUGGUCCGUGCCGACUAUAGCCUGGAGCUACACGAUAGCCAGGAGAGCUUCGCAAAGGGAAAAGCUGCACCCCAAAAAAUCCUGACAACAGGGGGCACUGUACUGACUUCAGAAGAGAAAUAUACUGCCAUCAUAGACAAGGAUUUUCCUGAUCCCAAUGGUUCUAAGGAUGACUCAUCUGCUCCUUUGGUGGUGGUUCCUGGCCCUCUUCCCGUGUACCUGAGACUUCCUUACAGACGAGACUCAUACUUUUGCUUCCAGCAAGAGGAAAAGAGAGCACGCUUUGUCUCAAUCUUGAAUGACUGCAUUCGCUAUCAGAACCAAGAUUAUCUGAGGAGUAGUGCAUGUGAGGUACAGGCUUUCCUAAAGGCCAUUCACUUCUACAGGCAGGAGAAAGGACACUAUGAGUCAUGGGAUAUGCUGGUGGGCACCGACUAUCAGGUGCUUGCUAACCUGGUGAUGGAGGAGCUGCUGCCCUCUUUGCAGACUGAGCUGUUGCCCAAGCUAAAAGGGAAGAAGGCGGAGAGGAAGAGGGUGUGGUUUGUGACAGUAAAAGCGACUUAUGAGAUUGUGCAGGAACAGCUGCGAGAGGGACUAGAGAGUUUAAAAAAUGAAUGCAGAGAUGCUACAAGACAACAAGAGGCGCUCAUCCGCUCAGACAUGGACCAGAUCAUCAACUCACAGACAUUCCUAGAAACUAAACUGCAAGCUUUGGUAUCAGAGCCUGCCAUGAAAUACUGUUCAGAGAGUGUAGCCCCAUACCUGGCUUCAAUCCUGGAGGAGCUGAUGGGUCCAAUCAGUACAGGCUUCCAGGCCGCCAGGUUACUACUGGAGGAUGAGCUGACCCGAGUCUGCAAGGACUUCCCUCAGGGUGGAUUCACAGAGGAGCUUCAGAAAGCUCUGCAGCAAGUCGGGCGUGACCGGCUGGAGGACUGUUACCAGCACGUGAACGUCCUGAAAGAGCAGCUCCAGGAACUUCGCAACCGCUUCAAGUUCUCCAACACAACACGGGUCGUCCACUCCACCCAGACCCAAAUGCAGCAGCUGAUGGAGAAUGGAGUGUUCACAUUUGAACAGCUGCUUGAAUCUGGAUUAAAGGAUAAACCUGACAAACAGGCCUCACUCAUGGAGAAAGCGAAGCUACGUGUUCUCAAGCAAUUCGACUAUGACAGCAGCACUGUAAGGAAGAAGAUUUUUCAGGAGGCCCUUGUUGAUAUCACUCUGCCUGCCAUCAGGAGAAAUCUGGCCCCUGGCUGCAAAACUGAGCUUCAGAAAUUUGAACAGUUCAUCUUUGCCGAUUACACAAACUUUGUUCAAGUGGAGAAUGUCUAUGAGAACAUAUUACUCAACAUUCUGAAUAAUGAAGUUAACAAAGUGGUAAAAGAGGCGGCCAGUCUGAAGAAGAACAACCUGUUUGGUGACAGCACUGACCUGCAGUGUGUAAGUCAAAGCAGCCUGGCUGAUAGCCGGACUCCGCCCCUCUCCGCCCCAUCCAGCCCACCAGUACCGCUGGCUUCUGCAGAACAGAAGCCCACCACAUCAUUUGAAGGAACUAUCAAUCAGAAAUCUGAGCCUUUAGUCAUACCUACAGUCACAAUUACGGUGUCUUCACCAGAAUCUGUGGAACCACCAUUAGGUGUUGCUGAAACAAGUCAAUCAGAUCCAUCAGCAUCACCUCCUAUUCCAGAGCCGUCAUCAUCUCCUGAUUCCAAAGCAGUCACAUCUGACAUCUCGAUGUCAGAGACUAAAACAGAAACUACCACAAUUGAUGCUCCUACAGCAGCUAUUGAUGUUUCUUCAACCAAACCUGAAACCGAUUCAUCAUCUACUACAGGACCAGAGGAACUCCCUUCUGAAGUAAAAGAUGCUGAUACAGAUCAAACCUUGCCUGACAAAAAGGAACCUUCUGCUGAUAGUUCCUCUGUGACUUCUGACCAAGCAGUCGGACACAACUCAACACCCGAACCCAACGCAGAAAGUCCUGUUCCUCCUGCUCAGUCAGAUAUGGAGGUUUCCCCGUGUGUUAUUGUUAAAGCAGAUGACGAAAGCAAAGAUGUAACUCCCCCUGAAAUCGAAAAUGUAUGUGUACAACCUGACGAAGUUUCUGCAAACAUUGAUGUCGAAGUUCACCCAGUCCUAUGUGUUAAAGACACUGACGUAACGAUGGCACUAAACACCAGCGCUUGCAAUGAGAAGAUUGUGGAGAACAAGGCCUGUGAAGCAGCGCCCUCUAUUGAUGAGAAGAAAAUUGUCGAGGAAGACAUCACUAGAACAGACGUUUCUCCUGUACUGGACUCUGUUCCUGAUAGUCCAGUAGAGGACGCUGUUGCUUUAACAUCAAGCGACACGGUACCAGAAGAGGUCUCCAUUGACGAUAGUGUGAACGCUAUCAGAAAUCUGAUCAUGGAGGUCAUUGAAAUAGAGGACGAAGUGAGACCCUGUGUUGAAAAUUAGCCUUAAAAUGUCGAAUGAAAAUUAUAACGGCUAUGACUGUGCCCCCUAAAUAACCUAACAAGACUAUCAUGUGUCAUUGUAUAAUAUGUUUUUUACUUGCAGCUGUAUUUUAAUUGUUUUUUAAGAAUAAUCUUAUUAUUGGACUACACCAUUUGGCAUGAAAUUAUUUUAUUAAAAUAGCUUUAAAACCAAGUGCCUAUUUAUAUAGCCCUUUAAACUGCAUUUUGUAUCAUAUGAAGUUUUUAAGCAGUUCUUUUAUAUUUGUGCUCCUAAAAGAAAAACAUGAACUGAAUGAGAAACAUUAGAAAAUCUACAUUUUUAAAAAUACUACAUUAUGAGGUACAGAUUUUUUUGCAGUCUAAAUUUUUUUAAAAACUGGCCUGUACAGAUUUUAUUGUCAGGAGAAUAGGCUAUGUAGAAUAGGGUGGUCCAUAUAAUGGGUCAAUUUUUUUUAAAUGUUCAACCCCCCCAAUGUGUUAGGAUAUCAAUAAAACACACUGUGCAAAAUUUUGAAUUGUUCCCACAAUAUCUAGAGGUUGCUCAAAGCCUUUGAAUAUUUCCGAAAUCACAAUUUUUGCAAAAACUGUACCAUUUAAAAACGCACAACACACAACUUGCUCCUUGGAGUAACUUUGUUCAAGUUAUUUCAGUCUCUUCUGAUCCGAGUAACCAUAUAGCGGACUUGCUUCGUGUCGCUUCAGCCACUGUCUCAGUGUAUAUUGUCUACUGUGCUUCAUUCACAUUGAAGCUUUCUUGCUUUGAAAGACAUAUCACAACUAAAACAGUAGUAUUAAUUGCAUGGAGCAUGGUCAACUAAGUCCAUUGCUGCCAUAACUAUAUAUAUUAUUAAACAAUUAUACAUGCUAGCACAAAGUAUCACAUAAUACGCAAAUGUGUUAAACUUCAAAGGUCUUGAGCAACCUCUAAAUAUUAAUUGAUAUUGAAAAAAAAUUGCCAAUUUUUUUUUAUUAAUUUAUUCAAACAUAUUGGUGGGGUGAGAACAUGAACCUUUAAAAGUUUAAAAAUAAGGACCACCCUAAUGUAGAAGAGCUAAACAAUUAUUUUGUACUGUGCUGUAUUUACUGAUCAGUUGAAAGUGGUACACUUUUGUAGAUACAGGCAUUUAUUAUUGAGAGAAAAUAAAUUGACACAAAACUUUA